AAAUUCAGAAGUAUACUAAUCGGUAUGGGACAAAAAGACAGUUACGUCGGAGAUGAAGCUCAAAGCAAGAGCGGUAUUCUUACCUUGAAGUACCCCUUUGAAUACGGUAUUGUUAUCAACUGAGAUGAUAUGCACAAGAUGUGGCAUCAUAAAUUCUACAAUGAGUUGAGAGUUGGACCCGAAGUGCACCCUCUUUUGUUGACUGCGGCUCCUCUUAACCCCAAAACCAACAGAGAAAAGAUGACCCAAAUUAUGUUAGAAACCUUCAACACUCCUGCUAUGUGUGUCCCUAUAUGCUUCCGACGUACCACAGGUAUUGUUCUUGAUUCAGGUGAUGGUGUCACCCACACUGUUUCCAUCUAUGAAGGUUACGCCAUGCCUCAUGCUAUCGUGUGUCUUGAUCUUGCUGGUCGUGACUUGACAGAUUACCUGAUAAAAAUCUUAACCGAAAUUUGCUACUCUUUCACCGCUACUGCUGAGAGUGAAAUUGUCCGUGACAUCAAAGAGAAGCUCUGUUAUGUUGCACUAGACUUCAAACAGGAAAUGCAAACUGCAGCCUCCUUUUCAUCUUUGGAAAAUAGUUAUGAAUUACCUGACGGACAAGUCAUCACCAUCUGCGAAUAUUCCGUGUAUCGUGUCUUUGUCUAUAUUUCCAGUCCGUUAAGUCUUCGUGUAGUGUUCCGUUUGCUCUGGUUUCGUCUAACUUUUUCUCCUUGUUGUGAUCUGUCUGUUCAACGCUUGAUGUGUCCACGAAGCGCAACGCACAAACUUUUUGUUUACUUUAUUUUAAAAACUAUUCCUUAA